CGCGUGGCCGUUAGCGCGCGGCCGUUAGCGGUCGCGCUCUGGCAACGGUCGGCGUUACGGCCUUCUGGGUGGGCUACAGUCCGCGUGACCCAACCCCUGUUUGCACGUUCGCCUCCUUCGCGGGGUGCAGUCACCGCGCGGGGCGGCCGCCCGUGAGGUAGCUAUCACGGCUUGUGACAACGAAUAAAGCUCCCGGACAGCGGCGCCCUCAGCGAUAGCUGGGUGGGCAGCCCCGGCCGGGAGCAGCGGCCCUUGAGUUAUCGUGAGGAGCGAGCAGCGGAGCCCACCUCCGGCCCGACCCCGCAUCAGCCGCCCGGCAGGCGCGACAUGAGCCUGGUCUGGCACCCGCGGGAUGGUCUUUGAGCCUCUUCUCCGGCAGUUACCUCCGGGGACGGUUGUGGCCACACCGACACGUAUUUUCCAAAUAAAUCAGUGCUUAUCUUGCGACGGCGGCGGGGCCGAACACGUUAAUUUAUUUUUUCAUUUUCUCAACAAGCAUUUGCCCAGCAUUUUUACAGUGAAACAACUUGGUAAGCGUUUGGAGGGAGCAACCGCCGGGUUAGGAAAUCACGGACUGAGCAGCUUGUGGAAGCCCGCAUUGGCCACGCCCCUCCUCUAAUAUUUUGAAGAUUGUUGCGUCUUGUAACUACCGGUGUGCACAGAAUCCUACCCAAGGAACGUCGUGGUCCAGCGAUGCAAACAACUGAAGUUUCAAGGUUUAUUUCUAUUGCUAGAUGAUCGGGAUAACCCCAGCAACUGAGAACCACUCAGUCAUGUCAGCUACAGUGGGUCCCUUAUGGGAACAGCAAAUUUUAGCGCGUGCGCCCUUUUCUCUCCUCUUCCAGCCUGUCCAAGCGCUUUUGAUGAGUAAGAAGGCGACAAAUGUCAGCUUUUGCAACUGCAACUCAUGGGUUAGAAGAGGAGAUGGAGCAAGCACAAGGCGGGCAGGCUAGCCUUGGUCUUCUGAGCAGCUACUGUCUUAGAGUGGUAUUCAUGCAGAAUAGUUGAAAGUCCCCGGAGGGAUUCAUGAUCCCCUGCCUUGAUCCGAGGCCAUGACCUAUUGGAGUGACUGGAGUGUGUCUCUGGAGUGACCUAAUUCACCCUGCUCUACUUCUAAGAAAUAUUAUCCUCCGACUAGACACAGUCCUUCCUUCAUAGGGGUGAAUUUGAUUUCUUUUUGUCCCCCUUCACUUUCAGGGAUUUACCCACCACCAAUGAAAACCUCGAAACUUUCUAAUCUGCUGACAUUGGUGGCUAGAGGAGUGGCAAGGUGUCAUCCACUUUAGGGUAUUUUACACUGCUCAUAUCUAGACAUAGGUUAGGAACAGGCCAAACCUCAGUGGCCAUUUGAUCCUGGUGAAAAGGAGUAAUAGGAGCUAAGGGGCUGAUUUUUCAGUGUUUUUUGUUUUAUUUUGUUUUGUUUUGUACCAGGGGUUGAACCCAGGGGCGCUUAUCCACUGAGCCACAUCCAGAGCACUUUGUCCAUAUUUUAUUUUGAGACAGGGUCUCACCAAGUUGCUUAGGGCCUCACUAAAUAGCUGAGACUGACUUUGAACUCACGAUCCUUCUCCCUCAGACUCCUGAGUCACUGUCAGUGUUAUUUUUUGAGGGAAUUGUUGCCUUUAUGCAGCCAAAACCUUACAUGCUCCUUUUUCUAGGAGAGAGCUACCUCACCUGGCUUUUACUGGGCAAAUUGCACACUUGGGUGCAAAAGGUGACUUUUUUACUCAUGCAUUUGGUAGACACAAAGAAAACAAUCACUUUUCUAGGUUAAGCGAUGAUUCCAAAUUCUUACAUUGCUAUGUGAUAGCAGUUCAACAUGUUGGCCUCUGGAAUCUGGCUAUUUGGGUUGAAAUCCCACCUCUAUUUCUCACUAACUCUGACCUUGGACAAGAUAAUUACUUCUUCAUGUCUUAGUCUUCUCAUCUUGAAAGUGGUCAUAAUAAUAGUAACUAAUGCAUGUGUGUGUGUGUGUGUGUGUGUGUGUUAACAUAUAUGAAGUACCUAGAACAAUUCUUGACACAGUUUUAAUAAUUAUUAGCUAUUAUUAUUGUUGAUACUGGGUACAUCCCUUUUAUUCCAUCACAUGGGUUGAGAGGUGAAAUGCACUAUUGCUUUGAUCCUGUGGAACUUGAUAACCAAAUGUAGGAUUAAAUUGCUGACCAAGCCCUAUUUAUAUUUAUAGCUGGAAGAGCCUGUAUUGUCUUCAUAAUACUAUAGAAGAAUUCAAGAUAGGAGAGAGAGGCAGCAACCAAUGAAGACUAUAAAAGAAAAGAAGAAGGAACGCCUAAGAUUGAGGAAAUCUGCCAGGACUAGGAAGGUAACCCAGAGGAAGCCAUCUUCAGGGCCUGUUUGCCGGCUAUGCUUUCAAGAACCUGGGGAUCCCGAAAAGUUAGGAGAAUUCCUUCAGAAAGACAAUCUCAGCGUGCAUUAUUUCUGUCUUAUUCUAUCUAGCAAGCUGCCUCAGAGGGGCCAAUCCAACAGAGGUUUCCAUGGAUUCCUGCCUGAAGACAUCAAAAAGGAGGCAGCCCGGGCUUCUAGGAAGAUCUGCUUUGUGUGCAAGAAAAAGGGAGCCGCUAUCAACUGCCAGAAGGAUCACUGCAUCCGAAACUUCCAUCUGCCUUGUGGCCAAGAAAGGGGUUGCCUUUCACAAUUUUUUGGAGAGUACAAAUCAUUUUGUGGAAAACAUCGGCCAACACAGAACAUCCAACAGGUGAAUGUGGAAGAGGAAAGCUGUGUCUUGUGUUGUGAAAACUUAUCCCAAGCCAUUGCUGAGAACAUCCAGAGCCCGUGUUGUAGUCAAGCUAUCUACCACCGCAAGUGCAUCCAGAAAUAUGCUCACACAUCAGCAAAACAUUUCUUCAAAUGUCCUCAGUGUAACAAUCGAGAAGAGUUUCCUCAAGAAAUGCUAAGAAUGGGAAUUCAUAUACCAGACAGAGAUGCUGCCUGGGAACUCGAGCCAGGGGCUUUCUCAGAACUGUAUCAGCGCUAUCAGCAUUGUGAUGCCCCCAUCUGUCUGUACGAACAAGGCAGAGACAGCUUUCAGGACGAAGGGAAGUGGAGCCUCAUUCUGUGUGCUACGUGUGGAUCCCACGGAACCCAUAGGGACUGCUCCUCUCUUAGAUCCAACAGCAAGAAAUGGGAGUGUGAUGAGUGUUCACCUUCUGCUUCAGCCAUAGACUACAGACCUGAAAACUCAAAUGAUAUUCCCUGCUGCAGCAGCACCUUCCACCCUCAGGAGCAUUUCUGAGACACCAGCCUGGAAGAGAAUCCAGGCCCUUCUUGGACUGAUUGGCCAGGACCUUCCUUAGUAGAAAUUCCAGAGUCCUCUGGUGGCAGGAAGAACCACUCCUGGCAGUCCAAGGGUGUCAGAAUCACUAAGAGGUGCAAAAAGUCCAAGUAAAAACUUCUGAGUAGUUGCUGCCAAGCACAAUUGGGUAUGAAGAAGCACUCCUCCAUUGGAUUUGGGGGAGGGAGCACUUUGGGACUGUGAGCCAAGGAAAGGGGGCCAGCCGUGAGACUAGAGCCAAGGAAAGAAGUCCCAAAGGAGCAUAAGGAGCGCUCGGAGUCCAGAUGCCAACAGUCAAGCGUAUUUGUGGCUAUGAGAAUGCCUCUGCUCUUUUUUCCCCAAUUCUCUUUCUUCUCUUCUUCCACCAAGAUUCUUCCACCUUUAUAUGGUUUUCGUAUGCCUCUUCUUACUUCACUCAAAUUUGUUAUUAUGCAAAUAAAGGUUUUUCUCUCCA